AUGAGAUGCAGAUCGAAAUCCGAUUCAUCAUCAUCUUCUUCUCCGCCUCGAUCGCUCUUCUCAUCGUACAAAUCUGGUGAAUUUUUGCUUCAUGGAAAAACAUUGGCGUGCGUCUCUUUGAUGAGUAGUGGAACACAUGAGUCAUCGAAAGUUAGUUCAUUGAGCAAACGAUACGACAAGAACAUCCAGAAGAAAACGAUAUCGAGAAGAAUUUAUAGAAGAAAAGGUAAAAAAACUGAGAAGAAGCACAAUGAUCACAUUCUCUAUAACCAAAAAGAGAAUUCUAUAGUUCCAAACGUGCAGAUCGAAAUCCGAUUCAUCAUCAUCAUCUUCUUCUCCGCAUCGAUCGCUCUUCUCAUCGGUGCAAGCAAAGGCGGGAACUAUGUCUACGACGGGUUAUACGUUGUGGAAGAGUAUUGGCAAGAAACCGGAUCACACGGUAAGCUCGUCUUCAAGUAUAAACUCAAACGGAUUCCGGGACAGCCCGAGCUAUCGUGGAAAGUGGUGAAGCAAACGAAGAAGUCGGAGAACCGUGAAGGUUUAUGCAGGCUUGACAUCUCAGAAGGGCACGAGAGGUUGCCCAUUUGCGCGGUGAACGAAAUCGACGACGAGGAGCACGCGGAUCCCUCCAAAGGGAUGCGGCUGCACGAAGCGAUGCACGGAGAAGAGCUUGAUCUACGAGUGUGGAUCAGGUUCAAGCUCGAGAUCUUCAAAACCGAGUCGAGAGGUUGGGGAGUGAGUUCUCUCAGCUCGAUACCUUCGGGUGUCUUCAUAUGCGAGUACGUCGGCGAGCUUUUGGAGGAUAAAGAAGCUGAGAGAAGAACAGGGAACGACGAGUAUCUCUUUGACAUUGGGAACAAAUACGACAACACUUUAGCUGAAGGGAUGUCGAAGCUAAUACCAGGGAUGGAGAAAGAGAAAGAAGAAGAAGAUGGCGGCGAUGGUGGUGAGACGACGGGGUUCACCGUCGACGCCGCAAAGAAAGGGAACAUCGGGAGGUUUAUAAACCACAGCUGCUCGCCGAAUUUGUAUGCACAGAACGUGUUGUAUGAUCAUGAAGACAAGAGGAUCCCUCACGUGAUGCUGUUUGCGAUGGACAAUAUACCUCCGCUUCAAGAACUCACUUACCAUUAUAAUUACAUGAUCGAUCAGGUGCGCGAUGUUAACGGUAAUAUCAAGAAGAAGAUUUGCUACUGUGGUUCUUCUGAGUGUACCGGUAGGCUCUAUUAA